AUGGAAAGAUUCCUUAAGAUCCAGCCCCUCACUUUUGCUGGGAUCAGUACUGAUACAUUACUCCCGGUUAAAUGGGUGAAGGAGAUGGAGAAAGCCUUCACAUUCCUUGGUUGUAAUGAUGAGCAGAAGCUGAUCUGUGCUGGGUACAAACUCCACUAUGAAGCAGAGGCUUGGUGGGAAACUACUAGGCCUAUUCUAGAAGCUGCACACCUGGCUCUAACAUGGGAGAUAUUCAAGCAAGCUUUCUUUGGGAAUUAUUUCCCUACUAGUGUGCAGAAGAGGAAAGAAGUAGAGUUGACCGAGUUGACUCAAGGGCCCAAGUCAGUGCUGGAGUACCAGCAGAAAUUUGAAGAGUUAUUCUUCUUUGCUCCCCCACAUCUGAACAAUGAUGAGGCCAAGUCUCAGAAGUUUGAGGAUGGAUUGAGGCCACAGAUUUCCUCCAUUAUGUCUACUAGAAUCAACCAAGGGUACCCUGAGACAGUCCAAAUGGCAAAAAAGAUAGAGGAUAAGCAGAGAAAUGCUUAUCAUGUUAGCCAAACCUCCGGCAAGCGAGCAGCCCCUUUCUUUGAUAGAGGAUUCAGCAAGUACACCAAAUCCUCUGGCUCUAGUGCAGCUCCAGCCUUACCACAGAGAAGUCAGUCAGAAUCAUCAGUGCCCAGGCCAGUAUAUGCCAAUCCUAGCAUUAAGGCAAUAGAUGCAACAGCUCCAACAAGUGCUACAGACCUCAAGUGCUUCACCUGUGGACAAAUGGGGCAUACCUCUAGGGCAUGCUACCGCAGGAGACCUGCAUAUCCUGCUCACCAGCCAGCUAGUAAGCCUCAAGGUUGA